AUGUCUAAUUUAAUAAUUGUCCAGGGCAUUGUUGUUGCCCUGGCUUUUAUUAUUUAUCGCCUCUUUUUCCGCAAGAAGGACGCACUCCUCCCACUACCACCAGGCCCAAAGCCUCUUCCCAUUCUUGGAAACAUCAACGAUCUUCCACCCCCGGGUGUACCAGAGUUUCAACACUGGCUUCCUUUCAAGGACAAAUAUGGCCCUGUCAGCUCGGUCAAUGUACUGGGCCAGACAAUGGUCAUUCUUCAUGAUUCAGACGCCGUCCAGGAGCUUCUAGAGAAGACUUCGCUGAAGACAUCUGCACGAGCCCAGUUGUUUUUUGCAAGUGAGAUGUGUGGCUUUGCCGCAUUCCUUCCUGCUAUGCCAUAUGAUGACGAAUUCCGUCAACACCGCAAAUAUAUUCACCAGCAGCUGGGGACUAAAACCCUUGCGGCUCGGUUUAGCGAUAUCCAGGACGUAGAGUCUAAGCGUCUUCUAUUGCGCAUACUAAACGAUCCUGAAAACCUUGUGGAGCACAUAAAAGCCGAGGCAUCGGCAAUUAUUCUUAAAAUUACCUAUGGUUAUACUAUUGAGCCGCUGAACCCAGAUCCUCUGGUGAAGCUCAUCGAGGAUGUCAUGUCGAAUCUGUCUGCUGCCUUUGUACCCAUGUCGUGGUCUGUUGAUAUCAUCCCCGCUCUCAGACAUCUCCCAGAUUGGUUCCCUGGCACAGUCUUCAAGCGGACUGCUCGCAAAUGGAAAGCCAUCAAUGAGGCCGUCGUCAGCACCCCUUACCACUUUGUUAGAAAACAAAUGGAAUUGGGUAUCCACCAAGAAGAGUCAUAUGUCUCUGGGCUUAUUAGAAGUUAUGGCAACGAAGAUGGUUCUGGGGUAAGCCCGGAAGAUAUGAACAUUAUACAGCUCACGGCCACAAGCAUGUAUGGCGGUGGCGCAGACACUACGGUAUCGACCCUCAUGACGUUCAUCAUUGCCAUGAUCAAGUUUCCAGAUGUUCAACGAAAGGCCCAAGAAGAGAUUGACCGCGUGGUUGGCUCUGGCCGCCUGCCUGGGUACGAAGACCGAGACAAUCUGCCCUACACCGAUGCUAUUGCCAAAGAAGCACUUCGUUACUUCCCGGUAGUUCCAAUUGGGACAGCGCAUAAGACGGAAGAGGAACUUUAUUUCCGGGGUUACCGCAUUCCCAAGGACUCGUAUAUUCUGCCGUCUAUCUGGUGGUUCUUGCACGACCCCAAGGUCUACCACGAUCCCGAAGCCUUUGAUCCUGCACGCUAUUUGGAACCUCGAAACGAACCUGAUCCUCUGGGCGACGCAUUUGGAUAUGGCCGCAGAGUAUGCCCUGGAAGAUACCUUGCAACCGAAAGCCUUUAUCUCACAAUUGCACGACUUAUUGCGGCGUUUACAAUUGAAAGGGCAGUAGACGACAACGGCAAGCCGAUUGAUGUGGAAUUUAAGCACUCAGCUGGUCUGGUUGAUCACCCUCAUCUAUUCUCAUACAGCAUCAGGCCGCGAAACCAAAAGUACGCCAAUCUUGUCCGAAAGGUGGAAAGGGACCACCCGUGGGAGGAGAGCGACGCAGCGCAUCUUAAAGGAGAUUUGAUUGAGGAAUACAAAGCAAACUGCAAAGCGCUGGCGAAAAAAGAGGCAUAA